UGUUUAUUUUCUGUUACAUCACUUCACUUUGCCUUCGAAGGCUGGUCUGUGCUCAGUGUUUUCGUGGUGAUGCAAGACGGCUCUCUCCUCCAGCAGUUGGAUCCCUCCCAUCUCGCAGCACCUCACAGGUCUCUUCCCCGAGCAGUGCAUUGCUGGAGCGAGGAGCAGCUCACGAAUCAGCUGCAGGUCCCUGUUUUGAAAAGCAGAGAUACAGAGGCAAAGGAAAAGGGUGGACUCCUAUGUGACCUGGUCUUAGAGCAAGACAAUCACCAUCUGAAUUCCAGAAGCCCUGUUCAUGUUUGGGGAUAUUUUUUCGACUGCAUGGAAUCAGAGAGAAGCCAAAGGAUGGGAAAUGCCUGCAUCCCCCUGAAAAGAAUUGCUUAUUUCCUAUGUCUCUUAUCUGCGCUUUUGCUGACUGAGGGGAAGAAACCAGCGAAGCCAAAAUGCCCUGCCGUGUGUACUUGUACCAAAGAUAAUGCUUUAUGUGAGAAUGCCAGAUCCAUUCCACGCACCGUUCCUCCUGAUGUUAUCUCAUUAUCCUUUGUGAGAUCUGGUUUUACUGAAAUCUCAGAAGGCAGUUUUUUAUUCACACCAUCGCUGCAGCUCUUGUUAUUCACAUCGAACUCCUUUGAUGUGAUCAGUGAUGAUGCUUUUAUUGGUCUUCCACAUCUAGAGUAUUUAUUCAUAGAAAACAACAACAUCAAGUCCAUUUCAAGACACACUUUCCGGGGACUAAAGUCUUUAAUUCACCUGAGCCUUGCAAACAACAAUCUCCAGACACUCCCAAAAGACAUUUUCAAAGGCCUGGAUUCUUUAACAAAUGUGGACCUGAGAGGGAAUUCGUUUAACUGCGACUGUAAACUGAAGUGGCUGGUGGAAUGGCUAGGCCACACCAACGCAACUGUCGAGGACAUCUACUGUGAAGGACCCCCGGAAUAUAAGAAGCGCAAAAUCAAUAGUCUCUCCUCCAAGGAUUUUGAUUGCAUCAUUACAGAAUUUGCAAAGUCUCAGGACCUGCCUUAUCAAUCACUGUCCAUAGACACUUUUUCUUAUAUGAAUGAUGAGUAUGUAGUCAUCGCUCAGCCCUUUACUGGAAAAUGCAUUUUCCUUGAAUGGGACCAUGUAGAAAAGACCUUCCGGAAUUAUGACAACAUUACAGGCACGUCCACUGUAGUGUGCAAGCCUAUAGUCAUUGAAACUCAGCUCUAUGUUAUUGUGGCCCAGCUAUUUGGCGGCUCUCACAUCUAUAAGCGCGACAGUUUUGCAAAUAAAUUCAUAAAAAUCCAGGAUAUUGAAAUUCUCAAAAUCCGAAAACCCAAUGACAUUGAAACAUUCAAGAUUGAAAACAACUGGUACUUUGUUGUUGCUGACAGUUCAAAAGCUGGUUUUACUACCAUUUACAAAUGGAAUGGAAAUGGAUUCUACUCCCAUCAAUCCUUACAUGCUUGGUACAGGGACACUGAUGUGGAAUAUCUAGAAAUAGCCAGAAUGCCUCAGACACUCAGAACACCUCAUUUAAUCCUGUCCAGUAGUUCCCAGCGUCCUGUAAUUUAUCAGUGGAACAAAGCAACACAGUUAUUCAUUAACCAGACUGACAUCCCUAACAUGGAGGAUGUAUACGCCGUUAAGCACUUCUCAGUGAAAGGUGACGUGUACAUUUGCUUGACAAGAUUCAUUGGUGAUUCCAAAGUAAUGAAAUGGGGAGGCUCCUCAUUUCAGGAUAUUCAGAGGAUGCCAUCACGAGGAUCCAUGGUGUUCCAGCCUCUUCAGAUAAAUAACUAUCAAUAUGCAAUUCUUGGAAGUGAUUACUCCUUCACUCAAGUAUAUAACUGGGAUGCAGAGAAAGCCAAAUUUGUGAAAUUUCAGGAAUUAAAUGUUCAGGCACCAAGAUCGUUCACACAUGUGUCCAUUAAUAAGCGUAAUUUUCUUUUUGCUUCCAGUUUUAAGGGGAAUACACAGAUUUACAAACAUGUCAUAGUUGACUUAAGCGCAUGACACACCAAACGCUGUGGCUGCCAUCAGAAAUUUUCUACAGUACAUGAUCCGGAUGAACUCAAUGCAUGAUGACUCUUCUUAUCACACUUGCAAAUGAAUGCCUUUCAAACCUUGAGACUGCUAGUACCAAGCACUACCAGUAUCUCCAUCCUUAACUGUCCAGUCCAGUGGUGUGGGAAGUUACCUUUUAUAAGACAAAAUUAAGUUGUGUGACUGGUCUUUGAAGUGAAGAUGUGUAAAUAAGCGUUUAAUGGUGUCUGUUACUCCAAAAAGAAAUAUUAAUAUGUACUUUUCCAUUUAUUUAUUCAUGUGUUCAGAAACAACUGCCAAAUAAAAUGUUUACAUUUUCUUUCAUAUCCCAAAGGUGAUUAUUUACAGGAGUUCUCUUCUUGGUGAUGGUUUGUUGAGGAAGUAGUUUUAUACAAUGGGGUUAUAUUUGGAUAAAGAAUUUAUGGUGCGAAUAAUGAGUGAAGAUGAAACAUUGAUAUUGAUUACUCAUAAUUUAGGAACAGGUUUAUCAGCUGGUCUUGGACAUUCAAAGGUGUUUCCAAAGGUCAUCGCUUUUAGAAACACUUUGAGGUGAAAUGGAGACAAAUUAACAGAAGGGGAGAGAGAUUUGCCUAUUAUAAGAAGACAAUUUGAAAUAAAGAAGAGUAAGAUCUGUCCUUUCCUGUCCAGCUAAAAACAUCAUUCAAACAUCUUAUAAAGAAGCUAAAGUCAAGAUUUCAGAUCUUUAAAACCCUACUCAGGGACUUUCUAAAUGUCUGACUCUAGAAUCAUUUGACAGCCAAUAGAGAUUGUAACCUUAUAGCGCUUUCGUCAAAUGUACCUGAUAUAAAGGCCUCUUAAUCUGGGCAAGGAUGCUUUGCUUCUAGACACCAGUUUUGAUACGUUAUUGACAAGCUACAAAGUCUAGGGGGCUCAUAUUUGAUUUUCUAAAUUCCUGCUCCUGGAUCACAUGGAUCAUUAGCACCUAGCACAAUGCCUGUGAUAUAGCAGAUUCAAAAAAUGCUUUUGAAGGUGCACGUGUCCUCCUGUUAUAAUACAAUAAUAAGCUUUAUGAGGCCUUUUGAUCUAAUCAGACAGUAUUUAUUGAGUACUUAGUAAGAAUGGGGUAUCAUUCCAGUGAUGGAGGAGAGGAGAACUGAGGAAGAGUAGGGCAUGGUCUUUGCCCUCCGGGGCCUUGAACACCAAUUAGGGGGUUAGGAAACAAUAGAGCAAGCAGUGGGUGCCAAGUAUUAUCUGAACAUUCCCAUUAUAAGUAUCAUCGGAAAGUUAAAGAUGACUUCCUGGAAAAAGUGAUCCUUAUUUGAACUUAAGAGAAGACAUGAUUUCAAAAGGGGAUCACUGCUGAAAAGAUAUUCCUGGCAUGAAUUGGUUCUAUGUGCUGCCUUCACAGAGGGGAUCAGAGCUUCCUCCAGCUCAUUGUUCCCCAGACUCUUUUGCCAAACUUUGGUGGGGGAGGCUGUGGGCAGCAGACAGCAACCUCUCUGCCAGCGCAUAUCUGGUGAACUUGAGGCAUCAAGGGUACACACAGUAGUUACGUAGUCUCUGGGAAGCAACUCCUUGGGGAAUUAUGCACAGGAACCAGAUUCCUGUACCACAUGGGCAAGAUGGUAACUCUGACAUCAGGGUUAUGGAGAAGAAGGAGUCUCACCCACUCCCAAUCCUGCACAAAGGGAGAACUGGCCUUUGAAUGUCUUACUUUUUUCAAUUCCCUUUUCCUAUAAGCAGCAAAUAUGCUAUUGGAGAACAUCUGCUUUAUGCAGACUGAGUUUAAAUCCACUCCUGGCAUGUACUGGCUUUGUCCACAGGCGAGUUACCUAACCUCUUUGAGCCUCAGUUUCUUCAUUUUAAGGGGAAAAUAAUGCCCACUCUAAGGACAGUGGAAGGGUCAAAUGAGAUAAUGUGCACAUAGUGGAUUGUAUUUCCCAUAUAUGGCCACACAAUAUCUCCCAUCCCAUGUGCUCUAUGAGAACCAUGCCCCCAUCCAAUCAAUGAGUGGCUCUUAAUUCCCCUAUCCUUAAAUCUGGACAGGCUUGUAACCAAUAGAAUGUGGUAGAAAUGGUGCAGUUUGACAUUUGAGUCUAGAUCAUAAAAACAAUAAGGCUUCUGCCUUGUGAACUGGGAGACUCACUUUUGGAACCCUGAGCUGCCACAUAAGAAGUUCUACUAGCCUGAGGCCACCUUCCUGUGAGGAAGCCCAGGUUUUGGUCCCAGCCAGCAGCCACAUCAGCCACCAGUCAUGUGAGUGAUGCCUCCAGGUGAUUCCAGCUCUCACCUAAGUCGCCACCAGCCAUGAAUCUUCCCAGCUGAAACCCUGGACAUUAUGGAGCAGAGACAAGCCAUCCUCAUGGUACCCUGUCCAAAUUCCUAACCCAUAGACUCUAUAAGCAUAAUAAAAUGGUUAUUUUAAACCACUAAGUUUUGGGGUGAUCUAUUACACUGCAGCGGUAAUGGGAAUAGCACUCGAAGUGCUUAACACAGAACUGGCAAAAACUAGCACUCACCAAGUGCCAGCCAUUGCUAAUGGGUUCCACACCCACCAUAUUGCUCGCUUUUGAGUCACGCUCUACUUUACUGUCAAUGUAACUUACUGUCAUUCUGUUUUUAAAGGAUAUCGCCUGUUCUCAUUAUGUAUCAGGAAUUGACCAGCCUUUUCUGAGAGUUGCCCUCUCUCCCGCUCCUCCUCAUCUAUAUUGUAUCACUCCGCCCGCUCUCCAGCCAUAGAUGAUUGGACCUGGAGUGAAGUCCCAAUCCAGGGAUUAAAUCCAGAAACUGGGCUGUGCACUGCCUGAGCCAAUCCAGUUCGCUCUCCUGGACAUUUGGAAUUAGGACAGUAGAGGCUGGGUCAUUAACCACAGGCACCAGAUUUGUCAGGCGAUGACUUUAAGACAGGUUCCCUCAAAGCAGAGGGAUGUGCUGAGGGAGUGAUCUCAAGCUACAUCUGUAAGGCAGUGAACGGAACAUAGGGCAGGGGAAGAUGCUGUGCAAAGAUGUCAUUUCAGGAGAUGUCUACCUUCAGCCUGGCCUCACCGAGAACUCUACAGGGUGAAUUGUACCACAGAGUGUGUCCUGCCUUGAGAGAAAGAAGGGUAGACAUUCAUACCUCUCAUCUCACAGUCAUUGACCAAAGUGGGUGGAGCACAACCUCUCAGGCAUCUCCAGGAGAAAAGGUUCCAGGUGGCUAGGGGCAAUCCUCCAGAGAAGGGUACAAAUGUGAGCAGUUAUUAACUGAUACCCACAGCAGCUGCAGGAUGGGUGCAUCAGCUUCGUAAAGGGCUUCUGGGUGGGAUGCCAAAAGCAUAAGCCACAGUGAUGGUGACUGAGGUGCUGAAGACACCACUUUGGAGGAGUCAUGAGGGUCCAUGUACCAGAAGAGCAGAAGAAGCUGGUCUAAAAAAAGAGAAGAGAGUGAAGCAGAGCUCAGAGAGAAGCAGGGGUGAAAGACUUCAUAGUCUGA